AUGCGUGAAAUCGUACAUAUGCAAGCUGGUCAAUGUGGUAACCAAAUUGGUGCCAAAUUUUGGGAAGUUAUCUCAGAUGAACACGGUAUUGACCCCACAGGUACCUAUCAUGGUGAUUCCGAUCUCCAACUCGAACGCAUCAAUGUCUACUAUAACGAAGCUGCUGGUGGUAAAUAUGUUCCACGUGCUGUACUCGUUGAUUUGGAACCAGGUACUAUGGAUUCAGUACGAUCAGGUCCAUUUGGUCAACUUUUCCGACCUGAUAACUUUGUUUUUGGCCAAUCUGGUGCUGGUAACAACUGGGCUAAAGGACACUACACAGAAGGUGCCGAACUUGUCGAUUCAGUUUUGGAUGUUGUACGUAAAGAAGCUGAAUCUUGCGAUUGUCUCCAAGGCUUUCAAUUGACGCAUUCAUUGGGUGGUGGUACUGGAUCUGGUAUGGGAACAUUACUUAUUUCAAAAAUCCGUGAAGAAUACCCCGAUCGAAUCAUGAACACAUUCAGUGUUGUCCCAUCACCAAAAGUCUCUGAUACAGUUGUUGAACCAUACAAUGCCACACUCUCAGUCCAUCAAUUGGUUGAAAACACCGAUGAAACAUACUGUAUUGAUAAUGAAGCUUUAUAUGAUAUUUGCUUCCGUACUUUGAAACUUACAACACCAACCUAUGGAGAUCUUAAUCAUCUUGUCUCAGCUACCAUGUCUGGUGUAACAACUUGCCUCCGAUUUCCUGGUCAACUUAAUGCUGAUUUACGUAAAUUGGCUGUCAACAUGGUUCCAUUUCCACGGCUUCACUUCUUUAUGCCAGGUUUCGCACCGCUUACAUCACGUGGUUCACAACAAUAUCGUGCAUUAACUGUACCAGAACUUACACAACAGAUGUUCGACGCUAAGAACAUGAUGGCUGCUUGUGAUCCACGACACGGUCGUUAUCUUACCGUUGCUGCAAUCUUCCGAGGUCGUAUGUCAAUGAAAGAAGUUGAUGAACAAAUGUUGAAUGUUCAAAACAAAAACUCAUCCUACUUCGUCGAAUGGAUCCCCAACAAUGUUAAAACAGCUGUCUGUGAUAUUCCACCACGUGGUCUUAAGAUGUCAGCUACUUUCAUUGGUAACAGCACAGCUAUUCAAGAACUCUUCAAACGCAUUUCGGAACAAUUCACAGCUAUGUUCCGUCGAAAGGCCUUUCUUCAUUGGUAUACUGGCGAAGGCAUGGACGAAAUGGAAUUCACUGAAGCUGAAUCUAACAUGAACGAUCUCGUUAGUGAAUAUCAACAAUAUCAAGAUGCUACAGCUGAAGAAGAAGGUGAAGGUGGCGAAGAAGAAGGUGAACAAGAAGGCGCCUAA